ACCACAGCCAAUUAAUUUUUAACGUUGUGAAAUUUCAUAACACGACUUUUAUGGUAGCUGGCGAAUCCCUAAAUAUAGUUUUAGCCCUUUAAAGUUUGCGACAUACUACAGUACGACGGUAUACAACCCCUUGUGAACUCCCUAAUUAUAUAUUAAAACAUUUAACUUUACAUAUCUCACAAUCUAUUUUAUAUAAUUUUUCUUCCAGCUAAUAUAUUUAUGACAUCUGAGUUGAUUUCUUCGCUUCGAUCUUUAGUUAAAUACAAGUAAAGGAUCACAAUGGAACCAAAUUUUGACCGUUGGGAUUUUGCGGUACUAAUUACCAUCCUUCUCAUUUCUGCAAUGAUUGGCAUUUAUUACCGUUAUACGGGCGGCAAGCAGAAAACAAUCAAGGAAUACCUAUUGGCCGAUCAGAGCAUGACCACAUUUCCAGUUGCUGUUAGUUUAAUGGCGAGCUUCAUGUCCUCCAUCACAUUAUUAGGUGUUUCAAGCGAAAGCUACCAGUUUGGUACUAUGUUUUGCAUAAUAAACAUCGCUUACAUUAUAAGCACGCCGAUAGCCGCAUAUUUGUUUUUGCCUGUUUUUUAUCGCAUGCGUACCUUGAGCGUUUAUGAAUACUUGGAGCGACGAUUUGGGCACUCGACGCGUCUCGCUGCUUCACUUGUCUACUCCGUACAAAUGAUCCUUUAUAUGGGAAUUGUUCUAUAUGCGCCAGCGCUUGCACUCGAAGCUGUUACAGGAGUAAGCAAGACCACAGCUAUAUUGGUUAUAGGACUCCUUUGUACAUUCUACUCUACUAUUGGCGGCCUAAAAGCUGUGCUUAUAACAGACGUUUUUCAAUCGCUUCUGAUGUUUGCUGCAAUCUUCGCAGUAAUUGUGGUGUCUGCCAUUAAGGCGGGUGGUUUGGCUCCAAUAUGGCAGGAAGCUGAAAAGAGAGAUCGUUUUUAUUUCACGGAUUUUUCUUUGGAUCCCACAGAGCGGCACACAUGGUGGAGUCUUAUUAUCGGAGGCAUGGUGACAUAUUUGUCGUUGUAUGGUAUUAAUCAGGUGCAAGUGCAGAGGUUGUUAAGUGUGCGAAAUCUCGAGAGCGCGCAAUCGGCACUCUGGUGGAAUUUACCAAUUUUGAGUACACUCAGUUUUAGUACCUUAUUUAGCGGAUUAGCUAUAUUUCACUACUACAGAAACUGUGAUCCUCUCCUGGAAGGAAGAAUACAAUCAAGAGAUCAGUUGAUGCCACUUUUUGCCGUAGACACGAUGGGUCAAUAUCCCGGCUUGUGCGGACUCUUUGUAUCGGGCAUAUUUUCCGCUAGCCUUUCGACUGUUUCAUCAGCGGUCAGCUCAUUAUCAACUGUGACAUUAGAGGACUACAUCAAACCCCUCUACAAGCGUAUCACAAAUAAUCCACUACACGAAACAAGAUCAACACUGCCAAGUAAAAUUAUGGCCGCCAUUUAUGGACUCGUAUGCAUUGGUAUGGCAUUCACGGCCGGUUCAAUGGGUGGCGUUCUGCAAGCGUCUCUCACUAUCUUCGGCAUAAUUGGCGGCCCAUUGCUAGCUCUUUUUACCCUGGGUUUAUGCACAACGCGAUCAAAUCAACGUGGAGUGUUGAUAGGUCUGCUGAUCGGGCUGAUAUUUUCGUUCAUUAUCGGUUUUGGUGGACCAAAGCCACUGCCAACAAUGCUAGAUUUCAAAGCUGAUGGUUGCGUAGCCGCAAUUAAUAGCACCUUAGUCGCCGAGGCGUUUACCCAGACUGACAACAUCGCGCUCAAUAUUACCACACAACUGUUGGCCACAGAUGAAGCUAAAGUAGAUUAUUUUUGGAUAUACAGACUGUCGUACUUAUGGCUUUCUGUAAUUGGUUUUUUGAUCACCUUAGUUGCUGGAUAUGGACUUAGCUUAUUGCUGGAAGCAUUAAAAUUGGCAGAUAAUAAGCAAAUUUACUUAGAUAAUCAACUAAUUGAUGGUGAUUUGUUCAUACCACCGCUUGCACGAAGAUUAGAAGGUAGUCAGAUUGAGGAAAUGACUAAACUGUAGAUGCUUAAAUCCGAGGGUUCAAAUUAGUUAUGUAAGGAAAAAUUUAGAUAAAUAUUUACAAAAGAAAACUAUGUAAUAAUUUUCAUUG